AUGGCGGCAGGGACCACAGUGGCGGAGCGCCAUUCCUUGACAGAUUUUCUGGAGGUAAGGGCUCCAUCGACUGUCUUCUACAACGGUCACAAACUAACCCGUCAUGUCACAGAAUUGCGCAACACCGUCUACAACUACUUCAUCGACCUCGACCCAUCUCUCCGCCAAAAUGCGCAGCUCCUCCAAGUUAAUCGACAGAUCCGCUCUGAGUUUGGGUCAUUGUACCUGAAUGAGGGCAACGCUACGGUACCUUUCGACCGCCUCAUACCAUUCCUACGCCACACCUUCCACCCUAUCGCUAGCCAGAAGCCAAGGGACUUCACUUGCAGCUUCUGUGUAGAGCUCAGUUGGUCCGCGGCCGUAUGGCACGAGAGCCGAUGGAUACUCGACUUGCGAGAAGUCGUCUCGGUCAUGCGCGAGUAUCCUCUACUCAACAUUGAAUGGGAUUUGAACGCUGCUCGAUCCGAUGCACUCGACGACGAGAAACUAGAUGAAGAAUACCUCGCAGCAGAUGAGAGGGGGAAAGCGCUCCUGGAUAGGCUGAUUAGUUUCACAGUUCGCGAUCUAGAUCUCGCUGUGCCCGUGCGUAAUCUCAGAAACAUGAAGGAUGAGGUUUACGCGAAGGUGGCUUCUGUUGAGCUAUACUUGUCCGCUCAGCCUGAUAAACACAGUUCCGGUCUACUGGCGUGUCUUUACAUCACUUUGAAGGAUCAUUGCACGGAACAAGAGAUCAAAGAUUCGGGGCUCGGUGAUUGUAACGGCAUCAAUACCGAAUGUGGAGGCAUCAGAGUUCCCGUCGUCCCUUUCCGACAACUGAACAAUUAUCUGCACGUCUUCUUCAUCAAGCGACCAUACGAAAGUUUACGAACGAUUAACCGUUACAUCCUCAUACCCCUCCACAAGUACGGAACCGGUGAACAACGGAAAGUCGACCUUCUUCAAAUGAUUCAAGUCCAGAAGGAGUUCCCUUCAUUCACCAUGAAUUUCUGCGCAGGGGGCCUGAGAAAAAUCCUCCCCACGUCUGACAUGGUAAAUGAGAUACAAUCCGUGGUGUCGGUCUUGAAGAACAUGGACGCACAGAAACUCGAAAGAGUGGUCUCCGCACAGCUUGAAAUCUUCGUUCCGGAUGUGAAGCAGAGAAAAGCCAACAUGCCCUGGGCGGUAUUCGUCAACAUUACUGCGAAGAGACGAUCUGAGAAGGGGUCGUGGAAUAGUUGUUCGCGGCCUAGGCGGCAGGAAGAUGUGGACAACGGUCUUGCUGAACUUGGAUUCCCCGCAGAUUACAAGGUCAUUGAGGUGCGGAUCACCUGGGAAGACUGA